GGCUAUUGUCCGCACUGUUUCGGAAUAUUGCAGCUUUUUUCAAAUCUAGAUCUGUCGUUGUGUGUCAGUCGUGAGCUCUUUGCCUUCAUAUGUAUGACAAUGGUCUUAGAGAAACACGGAAAGAUUCUUGAAUGUAGUCUCGACAACAUAGAGCUUUUAGUUUUACAAAUAACAUCAACUAAUGCCAAACGAAGUGUUUCAUUUUCCAAUGCUUGCUGUUUGUAUGAUAUGAUCAAGGAUGAUGAACAUGGAUUGUUUUGGAGUUUAAAAUUAACAACACUGUUUGAGAAGGGUGUAAAGUUUCUCAGUGAUUUAAAAACUGUAACCACAGAAGAAAUAGAAAAAAUGGAUAUUCACAAAAAGGCGGCUGUAAAGCUUCUUGACAACUUUUUAAAGACUAAAGAUGAAAUUGAGAAAAGUCUUCACAAAGGACUAAUCAGCAACAGUGAAUCACCCAUUACAAAGACAGAUAUUAACAUUGUAUUUGCUGAACAUUUAUUGGGAAAACUUGCACCUGGUGGAUCCUACAUUAUUGAUGCAAACACAAAAAAUAAAGAUACAUGCAGAUGUGGUUGUGGAGUGUAUCCAGCAUUUGAAAGCACAGGAAUAGGGCAUGAAGAAGUAUGGCAUGGACAUGUUGAUAUGGUCCUCUCAUCUCAAAGAGGAUUCCCUGACGAAAGCCUAUAUGAUGGCAUACCUGUACACUGUUACACAGAUAUAUCUGAUGCAGACACAUCAGAGGACGACUCUAUGCCUUCAGCUUCUUUAGAUGAAACACCCUGCAAACGAAGAAAGUCAGAGACUGAGAGACUCUCUUCUGGUGACAAUACAGCCGUAGACGUAAAACCUCCUACAACAUCUGCGACUAAAGAGGAUGCUAUUGAAAAGGCGCUUGCACAGACAAUAGUUACUUCUUUAAUUCAAAAGCAGCGCCAUGAAAAUCUUGACAGUUAUUUAAUACCUGGUAUAUUAAUUACCCCACAUAGUUUUCAAAUAACAAUGUAUGAUGCUGAAAAUGAUAUACUGCUCUGCAGCAAUGAGAUUCCAUUAUUUUUACCCCCCAGUAAUUAUUGUUUAAACCCCAGAGCUGUUUUGACUCUCUGGUUAGUAUUUCACUACAGAACAUUCUGCUCUGGAUUAAAAUUAGUGGAUUCAUACACCUUAAACAAAUGGAAAUCAAACUUUAAAGUGUUUGUGGAUUCAAAAUGGGAAAUAUAUUCAACAUUACUAAAAGAUUCUGUACCCUUCUUUUCUGUCACUGAAUGUAUGUACAAUUGGAAAGAAAUGAAUAUGUAUACUCAAAGUUAUUUGCCUGGAAAUUGUUAAUAUAAAAGUCUGAAAUGCAGACACAUACGGUCAUUGUUUGAAUGUUAUCAAUUGUCAUAUUAAAUUUUUUCACCAUUGAUGGACAUUUCAGUAUAUGAUUUUUUUUUUGCCAGCAAAUGGAAGCAAAUUUAACUUUUUCAUAAAAUUAAAACUUUUUUAUGCAAAAUACCAUA